CAUACUUUCAGGCUUUACGUGUCUUCGAAUGUCACUGUAUCGUACGAUUUAACCAGGCAUCGAAACAGAUUUAGAAGAAACAUCAUUAAACGUACAAUACAUUAAGAAAUGGCAAGUCAAAAUUACUUAAGUAACCCGAAAAAUCCGUUUUUCGCUAUUGAAGAUGACGUCGAUGAUGAAACAUUUCUAAAAAGUGCCCUACCAAGAACUUCAGGUCGAAUUGCGUACAAUUAUUAUACUAAUUUUGAUAAUGAUCUCGAACAAAAGCAUCAACAAUUAUUGCAACAAAAGAAGGAAAUAGAAGAACGUACAAUACAAUCAACGGAAAAAUCUAUUUCGUUAUUAAGAGAUUCUGAACAGAUUGGAGCUGCAACUGCAGAGGAACUUAUUAGACAGCGAGAACAAUUAGAAAGAACAGAAAAAAGAUUGGAUGAUAUUAAUAGUACAUUAAGGUUUAGUCAGAAACAUAUCCAAGGAAUAAAAAGUGUAUUUGGAAAUUUAAAAAAUUAUCUAAGUGGUAAAUCAAUGGAUGCACCAAUACCGUCAACUAUAUUAUCAGAGUCUUCUAGUUCUGAAUCUAUGGCAUCUCCUGCUUUAUUUAAUUCUUUAGAACAAGUACAGACUAAUAUAGCUAAUACAAGCCCUGCAUUAAAGUUGCAUGGCCUAAACAAUGAGGUAGAAGGUACAAAUGCUUUAAGUAGUAAUGUGAAUAAAGUACUUGAAAAAAAUUUAGAUGAAAUGAGUGGUUCAUUAGCUAGACUAAAAGGUUUAGCAAUAGGAUUGUCAGAAGAAAUAGAUUUACAAAACGAUUUAAUUGACAAUAUAACAGAUAAAGCAGAAAAGACAAAUAUAAUGCUUCAAAAACAAAACAAAGAUUUGAAUCAUUUGUUAAAAAAGUAA